UAACAAACUUUCGACGAAGCAAGACGAUGACGUGAUACGACGGCGUAUUACAAUGAUAUUAAACCGACUCCUAAACCGGAAUACAAUUAACAAUCAUUAAUCGAACCAAAACCGGUUCUGAUUUCUUCGAGUCUUCACAACCAACUUCCUACAAAAGUUACAGAAGAUAGUAAUGGAUAGUUCAUGUCCAAGAGAAGGAGGAGCUAUGAAGCCGGUGAUUCUGAGAGUUGGUGUCGCACUUGUACCCUCGGCAACUGGUUUGAUCUUUGCGAGGCUCGUCUCUUGGAAAGAAGAUAAUGAGGUAACUUCUUCUGCAAGCAAUCCAGAGUCUUCUCCAUCACCUAGCAGAAGAAACGGUGGACAAGAAGAAGAAGAAGAAAAAGAGAGUCUAGUUGAUCAUCAAAAGCGAGAGAUUCUCAGCUUGAAUUUGAGACUCGAGGAGCUUCAGAAGAAGGAAGACGAGAUGGAGUUGCGUUUCGCACGUUAUUGUUUUCUUAAAGACAAAGAAGUCAGGCUUGUGGAGCGUAAAAGCAUGUUGGUUCUUGAGAGAUCUCACUUAGAUUUCUUCCAUAGAGAAGUUUCGGCCAUGGAAGAAGAACUCAAGAGGGGCCAAGAUUUGGUGAUCGUGUAUAGAAAACUGGUUGGAGAAAUCCAAGAGUUGAGAUCAAAGACUAGGCUUCUUGAGGGAGAAGCAAAGAAGCUCAGGAUAAGAGUGAAGCAAUUACACCGUGUUGUAAACCAGAAGAGCAGGAAGAGUGUUAAGAAGUUAUUGAAGUGUAUUCAUGAACUGGGGAAAAAGAAUAACUUUGUGAAGGAACUUGAAGGUCAAGUAAAAGGUUUGAAAGCCAACCUUGAUUUGUUGCAAGAGGAAAAAGAAGUAUACAUGAAAUCUUCAGGAAAUUCAGAGAUGGUGAGUGUAGAAGAUCACAGAAGGGUCUUAGAAGAGAGUGAGGAUUUGAAUACGGAAGUGAGUUACCUGAGAUGGAUCAAUGCUUGUAUGAGGAAGGAGUUGAUGAGAAAAGGAACUAAAUAUGAUGGCGCUCUUGCAUUGACAGUAGUAGCUGAUGAGCAUCAUGAAUGGUGGAAGAAGUUAAUGAAGAAUCUUAAGAGAUGUGUUGGAGGGCACUCUGGGACGGUGGAGCCUGAUGAAGAAGGGAUGUUUCAUUCAAGAAGAUCGUGUUCUAGCGUGUAAAUGAAACUGUCUCUUGCUUCACAAAAAUUUCAAUGUUUUAAGCAUUUCUCCAAAAUUCUUCUAUUCAUGAUAAUAUUAUUCUUGUAACAUCUAUGUAAUAAUUAUCAACAAUUCUACCAGUUUUACGAAAAUUCACAUCUGACACAUAUGUUCUAUACGAACCACACUGGUUGGAACUUAAAACACACAUUUGAUAUAAAAAGAUAAUUUGAAUAAAACUCACAUAAUGUAUUAAA